AUGACGUACUCGAGGGAGCUCCUGCUCGCCGUCGGCAGCUUGGAGGCAUGCAAGCUGCUGCCCGCCGACGCCGACUUGUCCAAGCACCCCGAUGACGCGGCACUGUGGGCUCCUUCCCAAACUCUGGCCGCCCGCUCGGCUGGAGGUGCACCUGGAGGCCUAGGGGAUCAGGAACUGCCUCGGCGAAACCGAGAGCCGGAGGCGUUUGAAGCAGGCGCAGGAAGCAAAUCCAAGCCAUGCGUCAGGUUCUUCAGCACCGCAGGUUGCCGCUUUGGCUCCAACUGCCACUUCAUCCACGACAUCCCGGGCGGCUCCCAGGCCGUCGCUGAAACGAGCAUCCCGAGUGGCCCAGCUCCAGCUCCAGCACAAGGCGCGGAGGAGCUUGCCAGGCUCAAUCCAACGCCGCCACCCAUGGGCAUGGACCAACCAAGCCCCACCGGCGACCAUGCACUCAGAGCACCGACGCCGCCCAACGCAGCUCCGGCGAGCUUCGGCGCUUGGGCGACGGCCAAGAUCAGCGUGGACGCGUCCCUCGCAGGCGCCGUCAUCGGGCGGGGCGGAGCGACCAUAAAGGAGAUAUCCCGGGCCAGCGGCGCCAGGCUGCGCAUCCGCGACCACGAGCGGGACGCCGGCUUGAAGAACGUGGAGCUGGAGGGCACGCCAGAGCAGAUCAAGCACGCCAGCGCCAUGGUCUGGGAGCAUCUCCCGGUGCCCGGCGGAGGGCGAUAUAACGGCGUCAAGACCAGGCUGUGCGCGCACUUCGCCAGAGGAUCCUGCACCUAUGGCGACGGCUGCCGCUUCGCCCACGGCGAGAGCGAGCUUCGCAGGCCGGCUCCUGCUGCCCGAGAUCCGCGUGGUUGGUAGCGGUCGA